CUAGGUAAACAUAGCAACCGCGUCACGCAAUCGUGCUCUACCGACAGGCUCUUCAAGCCAGUUUACACACACUGCCAAGUGUGCAAAGUAAACAAGCAGUAAUCUCCAUUAUUUAUCGAUUCCGUGCGCCCCAACUGACGGCAGAAGCGUGCUCUUUUUAUUGACAAGGUUCUAAGAACUAAAUAGCCAAUCAGGAUGCAUCGUGCGGCAAGCAGACGCUCGGAGGCGAGCGAGCCUGACAUGGACGGAAUGGCGGAGAGCGAACUGGCCAAACUGCAGCGGCAGUACCGUAUCAUGGAGGGAGACCGCAAGGCCUACUGCGAGGAGUCACAGAACAUCAUCCGCAAACAGAAAGCCAUGAUUGAGGCCCUCCAGGCCGAGCAGACAGAGAUAAAGACAGACCUGACUCUGGCUGAGAGCCGACAGAACCAGAUUAAGGACGGAGACAACACCCACUCGCUGAAGGACCUGGUGGAGAGUAAGGACAGCUACGAGGAUCUCAUCGCCGAGGAGAAACAGACCAUAGCUGAACUGGAUGCUAAGAUUCGAGCCAUGGAGCGUAAGAUCAAGCAGCAGCAUAAGACCAUGGGCGGUGUCCACGCCUCCCACCAGAGGCACACGCAGACUCAGAAGAUGAUUCGUGUACUGGAGAACAGGCUGCACAAGGCUACUGUGGAAUUCAACGACAUGCUGACAGAGAAUUCCUCGUUGCGGGAGGAAAUCGACCACCUGCGUACAGAGAGGAACGUGUUCGACAACUUGUACAAGAAGCUGUCCAAAGAGCUGAAUGAGAAGAAGAAGGAGAUGGGGGAGAUUAUUGAGCAGUCCACGUCAGCGUAUGAUGCCAGGGACGAGGCCCAGGCUAAGAUGAUGGGACUGAAAGACCGUAGUGAGAAGGACCUGUCUCAGUACAACAUGGAGCUGAAGGAACUGAUGCGAAUCAUCGACCAUGACGCUAAACUGAAACAGUUCAUGACCAUGAAGACCCAGGAGAGGGCCGAGAUGCAGGAGGAGGAAGAGCUCAGGGGGAAGAAGAAAGAGGAAGAGAAGCCAGUGGGAGGAGAGGAAACCGUAGAAACUUACGAAGCCGCCUUCACUCGUAUCAAGGAGGUCACCGGCGAGGAAGACAUCGAUACGCUGGUCAAGAAGUUCAUCGCCACGGAGGACAAGAACUUUGCGCUGUUUAAUUACGUUAACGAGCUGAAUAACGAGGUGGAACUGCUGCAGGAUCAGAUCCAGGAGAUCAAGGACGAGAUCGCCAAGUUUAAGGCGCAGGGCAUCGAGAUGGAGAAACAGCGGAAGGAGAUUAUGAAAGAUCUGGAGGCGAAGGCCACCUCGUCCACCCAGCAGGCUGACCAGCACGAGGCCCAGCAGAAAAGCACCAACAAGAUCCUGGAGCAGCUAAAGGCUGCCGUGGAGUCCGUCUUCACUAAGAUCAACUGUGACCGCUCGGUCAUCACCGACAUGCUGGGGGGCAGCGAGGGGGUCACCGAGACCAACAUGAUGCAGUACCUGGGUCUCAUCGAGCAGAAAACUAAUGAUUUACUGCAGAUGCAGGCUUUCUUGGAGCUAAAGGAGGCAGAGCAGAAAGGAGAGGAGUCAGCCCGGCCGGCCACCACCACUCUCGCCAUCGGUCCCAGUGUUCCCCCCAUCCCAGCUACCAUGCUCAACAUCGCUGCUCCUUCUACUGGCGAUGAUUACGAGAGCGAGUCAGAAGACGAUGACAACGGCGACUACAACCGACCUCUGUCGCAGGACGAGCUGAAGGCCAAGGUCAUGCGCAGCAUCGCCAAAAAGGAGCAGGCGCCGAAAAAGCGCGCAAGCUCGCCCACCGGAGACAAACACGACAAACCGCGCCCGGGGAGUAAACAGGAGAAAAUGAAGAAGCCAACAAAGAGAUAAACACGAAAAAA